AUGACUGAGGUGAUUGCAGGCACUGGAGAUUAUACGGGUCAAUGUGUAGAGCAGUUCUAUGAUGGGAAUCGCAGUAUGUUGACACAGCAAGGCCACACCUGUUAUGUCGAUGUUCACGAUAGCUUCAAAGACGUAUGCAGAACGGCUGAGAGCUGGGAAAACUGUGGUGGCCGUGUAGGAGCUGUCGAAUGUGGUGAAACCAAUGAGGAACACCUAAAGGCGAGCAAGCGACAUCACAGUCCUCGAGCGAUCCAUCCCCUUCCAAUGAGCGUGAGCGAGGGACAGUCCUUGCGGGAGCAUUACGGUGGGGAUGAGAAGCAGAGGGUCUACUAUGAGAAGAAUCAUCCAAGAGGUUGGACCGGAGGAUGUCUCAUUCUCGUGGUAGAUGUUGUGCGCAGUUUUAGUGCAUGGUUUAUCCAUACCACAUCUGAGCAGCUCGUUGUGGCACUUGUUCGCGGCUACGCGAAAGCAAAUGAGGAGGGGCUCGAUGAAGGUGUGAAGAGGACAGGGCUGCUUCUGCGAGGUCGAGAGUUUCUUGGACUCGAAGAAGAGAACGGGCGGCAUCAUCGAUUGUACUUGUUUCAUAGUGACCAUAAGAAGUUGUUGGUAUCCCAUAGUUAG